AAAAAAGGUUAAAUUUAUUUCGUCUAAAGUAUGAUUUAACUUGGUAGUUCUCAUAUUUGGUGUUAGUUCAGAUGAUUCUCAACUAGAUGCCACGUUUAUUUGACAUAAUACUGACGAAAUUCUAUCCUUGCGCCACCGAUGUGGCGAGGAACAUUUUUUGAGGCGACUGGUCGUUUGCAAGUGAAGUUAAAAAAAAUGGAGCUCACUGGAAGCAGUUAUAAAGGGCCGACUCUAAAUGCCAGGAUGGAAGGAGAAGGGGAAUAUACUUUCCCAUCUGAGACCAAGUACAUAGGCGAGAUGAAAGAUGGGAUGUUCCAUGGCGGCGGGGUUCUCCACUUUCCAAAUGGAAGUAAAUACGAGGCCACCUGGGAGAACGGCAUUGCGACGCAGGGAUCUUUCACCUUCGCUGACGGGCUGCCAUACAAGGAAAAAGACUGGGAUUACUGCGACGGCCACGACAGACGCUUCUACACAGAGCGAUGCAAUGGCCUUCGACCAGCAGGUGAAUCCCAGCUCACAGACCUGCAUCCCCCUCGCGUGAUUCCUGAGGGCUGUUACGACUGUGGAGAUGGUUUCUACGAUCCUGCUACGAGAAUCAUCACUUCCUAUGCUGGUGCUUUCCUCAGAAGGGCAGAUGACUCGGAACACGAGUGGAUAGUCCGAACCUGUCGAGUGGCGGAGGAUCCGAUUUCUGAGUCCUUCCUCGAAGAGGCUUCCUUUAUUUCCAGUGUGGAAUAAAAAUGGGGGGGGGGGGGGGUGUUCCAAAAUUGGUACCAGAUUUUUCUGUAAAAUUAAAGCCUUUUUUUUUUGCCUCAGGUUCUUGCAACAGUAAACAUAUUACAUGACAGCAUGGUGGGACAGCUGGUAAAGCAUUGGACUCACAGUUCUGAGGUGCCGGGUUCAAUCCUGGACCUACCUGUGUGGAGUUUGCAUGUUCUCCCCGUGCCUGCGUGGGUUUCCUCCGGGCACUCCGGUUUCCUCCCACAUUCCAAAACCAUGCAACAUUAAUUGGACACUCUAAAUUGCCCCUAGGUGUGAUUGUGGGUGCGGCUGUUUGACUCUAUGCGAUUGGCCAGCAACCAGUUCAGGGUGUACCCCGGCUCCUGCCCAUUGACAGCUGGGAUAGUCUCCAGCACUCCCUGCGACCCUCGUGAGGACAAGCGGAGAAGAAAAUGGAUGGCUGGAUGGAUGGAUGUUAUUAUUACUCUUGCCAAGCUCUCUAUUCACGAUACGAGUUCAAUAAAUGAGGAUGGGGAUUAAAGUGGAAAUUGAUCAUUUUGUCAUGAUAAGCCUUGUCAUCUCAUUCUAUGAAUUUUUACACUGUCUGAAUUAGUCUGCUCUAUUGGUUUUGCAAUGUAUAAUUCAAACAAAACUUUGAAAACAAUUUGACUGUCCUAAACCAAUGGCAAAUAAAGUAUUUUGGGAAUAGUGCUGUGU